UGUGUUUCGCCAGGCGAUGGCGCGCGUGAUCUUAGUAUGCAGCGACCGGAAGCUGCGUGGAUCGGCGUAGAUCAUGCAGGAGGCGCGAGGCUGGAGCAGGCCAGGCAUGAGCAGAGCACACCUGGACGAGUGGCAGAGGAGGUCCUUUGACAUUUCGUCUGGCUCCUGUACACCUGAACAGACGGCCGAUGCUUACCGGGCACACGUCCUGUCCAUUCAGUAUGCAUGGGCGAGUGCUGAGCUCUCUCCAGCCGGAGCUGCCAGCCUGCUCAGGACCUACUCGGAGCGGUACGCUGCAGUCCUGGACUCAGACGACCCACGCACAGGGCUAAACAACUAUGCAGAGAGUGCCCUGCACCUGGCCCGCAAUCAAAAGAACCAUAGCGACAAAUGGGAGUCAUCCCUAACGUUCGAAAAUGUGUUCAACCUGCCGUGCGUGCAACGGAUGAUGCAGGCCAGGUCAAAAGAAGUCAGUCUCCUGGUAGAUCCAGCAGAUGUUAACAUCACUGUUGGUGGUGAAGUCAGCAGGGGAGAUGAGAAAGGCAGCGCUGUCUCUGGUCCUCCUCCUGGAUUAAAACGAGAGCCUCUGGCUCAUGGGCCCACUACACCUCCACCUACAGCUGAGUUGGGAAGGGGGGUCAGUAACCCACUUAGCGGUGCUGUAGAGUGGGCCAGAGGACUUGAAGGAGCCUCUCCUCGUAUGUCCCUGGCACAAAAUGCUCCAAAAGCUCCAACAGGAUCUGCGCCUAUGCUUGGCCAUAACAUUUUCAGUUCCACAGGCAGCGCUAGUGCGUCUCAGUCUAGUGUGAGUUGCACAAGUGGAUCCAAUGUGCAUAAUCAGCCAGUGUUCUUCUCCUCCACAAACCCCUCCAAGAGGAAGAACUUCUAUAGCUCAGGAACUGAAAGCAACAGAAGCGCAUUCCCAUCACAAGGCGAGCAGGAACCGCGUGGGAGGGGACGGAGAAGAGAGGAAGGUGUCAGCACUAAUUUUAGAACAGCACGAGAGCAGUUCAUCGUUGACCAGCAAAAAAAGCAUUCCCAUCAGGGUCAGCGAGGCUCCGCGGCCAACGUCGCUGCAAUCACCAAGAGAUGCCUUGGGGCGAAUCGGCCUCGUGGGGCGUCCUCCAAAUUUGUCUCUCCCAUGCCAAGGCAAGAGGAAGAGGGCAACUCGAAGGAAAACGCACCACAAGACAUGCAACCUGUUGAUGAGCGACUAAAGAACUUUGAGCCCAAAAUCAUUGAACUUAUCAUGAGUGAGAUCAUGGACCAUGGCCCCCCGGUAGCUUGGGAUGAUAUUGCCGGCCUGGAGUUUGCCAAAGCCACAAUCAAAGAGAUCGUAGUGUGGCCCAUGUUAAGACCUGAUAUAUUUACUGGCCUUAGAGGUCCACCUAAAGGCAUUCUUCUCUUUGGUCCUCCAGGCACUGGUAAAACCCUCAUAGGGAAGUGCAUAGCGUGUCAGUCAGGAGCCACUUUUUUCAGCAUCAGCGCUUCGUCACUCACUUCAAAGUGGGUUGGAGAGGGCGAGAAGAUGGUACGGGCGCUCUUUGCCAUCGCUCGGUGUCACCAACCUGCCGUUAUCUUUAUAGAUGAGAUCGAUUCCCUUCUUUCUCAGCGCACAGAUGGAGAGCACGACUCUUCCCGUCGGAUCAAAACUGAAUUUCUUGUCCAGCUGGAUGGAGCCGCCACCUCAGCAGAAGAUCGCAUCCUGGUGGUUGGUGCCACUAACCGGCCACAAGAGAUUGACGAAGCAGCUCGCCGCCGCCUGGCCAAGCGACUCUACAUCCCUCUCCCAGAGGCUGAGGCUCGCCGGCAGAUAGUGGCUAACCUCAUGUCUCGUGAGAAAAGCCAGCUGGGAGCAGAUGAGAUGGAGAAAGUGGUGCAGGGCACAGAGGGCUUUUCAGGGGCAGAUAUGACACAGCUGUGUUGCGAAGCAGCCCUAGGCCCCAUCCGAAGCAUUCAUCUAAGUGACAUUGCUACCAUCUCAGCAGAACAGGUUCGUCCCAUACUCUACAGUGACUUCCAGGAGGCUCUCAAAACAGUGCGGCCCAGUGUCUCUUCUAAAGAUCUGGAGUUAUAUGAAGAGUGGAACAAGACAUUUGGCUGCGGUCGCUGAACACAUGAGUUCUGAUUAUAUUAAUUGAAUUUUAUGUUAGUGUGACUAUAAUGUUGGGUUCAUUUUUUGAAAUAAAUUGUCAAUUUGUCUUUUUUCAUCUUUUUCAUGAACAGUCUUCUCAGAGAGCUGUGAAACAAAGGCAGACGAUCUCUGUUUUUUUUUGUGAUGGCAGUUUCAUAUGAAGGUAUUCAUGCAGUCACGAUUGAUUGACUCAAAACAGCACUCAAGAUUUUGUAAAACUGAACUUGUUACUCUAUGCCUUCCCUCAAAAUUAGCAUACCACAGUUGUGUCUUCCUGAAAACAGUUGCAUCACAGAGUGGAGCUGCAACUCUUUUCCUUGUAAUAUAGAGGAAAUGUGCCAAGUUUGCACUAAAAAGGAACAUGGGGUCUUGAGUUUGUUGUUUCCUUCUGAAUGCUCUUAUCCAAAAGGGAACUGUCAGCUAGUACAAUGUUCUGCCCGCCCUACCUUCUGUGUGUGCAGAAUGAAUUCAACGGCUUUCCAUGUUUACCUGCUCUCGCUCCUGUAUAGACAGCACUAGACACCUUAGGGCCAACUCUCCCAUUAUGUUGUGCCUUGGUGAAUGGAUUUGGAGGGGAAGUUGGGCAACACUGCAGGCAUUCUGGUCUCAUGAUAAGAGUUACCCACAGAUCAACUCUUGCAGUGCUCUUCCUGUUGUUAAGCCAGUGUGGUCUCGGACCACAUCUGGUAAACCAGAGGAAUGGUUUUGUGCCUUGGAAGGGGUUUUAAAGAUGGACUCUUCAUCCUCCUCCUAGGGGACAGUUUGGUUGGGUUAGUUUUUUCAGUUACACAUUGUGCCUGUGGAGAAAUGGCUGUAUCUGUAUCUAGUCUUUUUUUUUUUUUUUUUUUCAAAACAGGAGAAUCUAUUUUUGUGUUGUUUUCUUAAACUGUUGUUUUCUGGUGAACUCAAAGCUGGUGGGAAACCAGUUGCUAUUUUCAUAAAUUCUUAGAGAGACCCAUUGAUGAUGACACCAGCCAUAAACCUCACGAAAAAAAUUAUGAGUUAUAGAAGCAGAUAACAACUGUGGCUUGAUGCGUUUACUGUUGAUGGAUGGAGAGGAGCUCUAAAUGAGUGGCCGCAGAUGGCAUGAGGAAUAAAAGUUGCUGGUCCAGUGAUGAGGAAACUCACCCGGGCCAAAUCACAAAGUAAUGAAUGAAUGAAUUUGAACAUGAAUGGUUUUGGUCAGGUUACAAAAUACGAUGCAGUUUUGAAUUCAUUUGUUUGGAUUUUUAGUUGUAUUUUCAGUAGGCUUUUGAAUUCUGUCACUUUAUUUGGAUGAGACUGGCUUCCCUGAAAUUUCUUUCUGUUUGUUGUUUGUAUGCCUAUGCAUUAGCAUAACAUCUUGAUCGUCAAAGUACAGCUGAUUUGUGUUGGAGUGAAACGCAAGGUCUGUGUUACGUGAAACCUGAUGACUGCAGUCUGGGAAAAUUGAAAGAGAGAUGGCUGAUUGAUUUGGUUGCUUCUUGCAACUGCAAAACCGUUCUUACAGGAAGUCAGGCUGAACUGUUAAUACACCUCAGAAGGCAAGUGGGAUUUAACAGUCUAAUUCAAUUCUAAACUCUGACUCUUGGGUUGUCUUCAUCUGCAUCCCAUUAUAGAUUGUGCUCACAUGAAAUGAAUCAGUCAUGUAAUUUUCAUGAAACAAUCUUAGAAAAACUGGAAGCCCAUGAAAAAAGGGUGUCAUUUAUUUUUCAUCUUUUUGUCAAGCGGCUUAAUGAAUAUUUUAGGGUUGUGCGGUUGGCCGGAGUGUUGAAACUUUGUAAAAUUAGCCAGCAGUGCAAGUAGUAAGUCUAUCCCUGAGGAGCGGUGGAAGGCUGUCAGAACAGCAGGGGUAGCCCGCAGCUGGACUAUAGGAGGACAGACACACAGGAUUCCUCCACAGCCUUUCUCAACACUAGAUCUACAGCUAAUAUUAAUAUAUAUAAU